UGAUGCUGCAUUGUUGGUUGCAUAACAAAAUUUGAAACUAUUCUAUAAGUUUGUUGAUAUUGUAGAGAAAAGAUAUAUAUAAUCCAAACAUUUCAAAAAUGGAUUCAGAUAAUGAGGAAUUAAUAGAUGAUCCCGAUUACGUGGGACCUUUUAAAAAAGUUAAAGAAAUAGAAGUGAACAAAUUGUCUUCUGAGAAGUUAUCCAAGGUAUUAUCUGAAGUAUUUGACGAGGAAUUACUUACAAGACAAAAACAGUUAGAGGAUAUCGAAGAAAAAAUUUUUAAAGCUCAGAAAUUACUUCACCUAGUGCGAUAUGUUUUAGUAACCUCCUAUUACAAGAAAAAAAGUUUAGAUAUUUCAACUAGUGAAGAAAACACUAAUACUAAUUUUGAUGGUCAAAAUAGGAUACAUCCAGCAUUGAAGAAACUUUUGGGUGGAAAUGCAAAGUUAGAUAUCUUCACUUGCGGUAAACGUAGAAAUGCCACAAAAAUCUGUGAUAGUAGUAAGGCUUCUACAUCCCAAACUUCUGUUGCAAAAAGGAUAAAGUUAGAUAUCAAGACAGAUCCUCCAAAAAAGACCUUAGAUAAGAAUAAAACUUCACUGAAAAGUAGAAGGAAAAUACAACAUAAAAUAAUUAUUGGGAAUAUUUCUAAGUGGAUGCAGCUGGAAGAAAAUAAAACUACAUAUAAAUGGAUGAUGUACGUUAGAGGAGAAAGAGAAACUCCUGAUAUAUCACAUAUUGUAGAAAAAGUUAUUUUUUACUUACACCAUACCUACAAACCUCAUGAUGUAGUGCAAGUCACGGAAUCUCCAUUUCAUCUUUCUAGAAGAGGAUGGGGAGAAUUUCCUUUGAGAGUCCAAAUUUUUUUCAAGUGUCCUUUGAAUAAACCCAUCAGUAUUGUACAUAAUCUGAAAUUAGAUAAAUCUCGAACUGGUAGACAAACAUUAGGUAAUGAAACCAUAGUGGAAGUGCACCUUUACGAUAAUCAUGAAUCGCCCAAACCCGAGACCAUCAUAAAACCAACAGAUGAACCAACGAACAAUUCAGCUAUCACUACAACCCCCAUAAUGAAUAGUCAAAUGAAAAUUGAAGAACAUAGCGUUGACAGUAAAUCACUUUUCAAUUUUGAUUUGAACCUAGCACAGUUGCCCAAUCUUGAAUCUGAUUUUUCCCAAUUUAAUUUCAGUAAAUAUGAUUCCGGCUUUUCUGAGUCUGGUACUUUCAAUCUGUCUGAUUCCACUCUUACUAAUUCCCAUUCUCAUUCUGCUUAUGAACAAUCAGACACAGCUUCUGUCGGUAACGAACAUGACUAUUGUCAAGAUGGAGACAUUAUGGAGGAACAAGUUAUUGAUAAUGCAGCAGACACAAGACAUAGUGGGUUUAAAGAGUAUUUGAAUUUUGAACAUUCCUACUGUUUGUCAGGCGAAGCCAAGAAUGUAGAUUAUACAUGUGAUCAUUCAGAAAAAUUCCCUGCAGGUGCCCAGGAACAAGAUGCAAACAAACUAAUUUUUGGACUAGACAAUACAUACUUGAAGAGUGAACAUAAUGUAAGUGUUAAUUUGAUUUUAUAAUUCAAUUAAAUGAUGAAUGGUAGUAAAUAAAUAACUUUUCAAGGGUUCAAA